CCUCAGCCCUACAGAGGUCCUACAGAAACCCUUUUGUAGCAAGUUUCCGUGAUCGUUUGUUGGUGUUUCAAUUGAUUCAUCGCCUUCAGCAAAGUACGAUUAUUCAAUGCUCGGAAUAAAUGAGGAAAAAAUGCAUCCUUCAAUCUAGAUCAUUAUCAACUUAUGAGUUUUAUACCUUAAUUACACAUGCCUUCCUUGAUCUGAGGACAUGAAAUUCGGGUAAAAACUCGUAACAAAGUCACUUUUAUACAGCAGUACAUGCAGCGUCACAUGAAAAGCACUUUCAUUGAUAUGAAGGCGUCUUUGAGUCUGGACGGCUUGGUGUGUGACUACCAUGUUAUGAUCGAGCAGCUCACUUCAAACAAUAACAACUUAAAUCUCUGCCAUGCAUCAUUACUUUGUUCAAACUCACUUGAGCUCUCAGUGCCACAACACGGCAGCUUUUCUUUCUACUUGAGCCUGUCUGCAAGGUGGAUUACUUUCUCUCAACUCUUAUAGAAUAAAACGUAUUAUGAAUUACGGUAAUAUGUGAUGUCCCAAAACUUUCGAUUUCCCGCACAUUUUGUACCGCUGCCUUUCACGUGUCGCCUAAUAUCGCUUCAUAUUUGGCCCAUUUGUAUGUGAAGAAUUAAACAAAACUAAGGAGCUCGUUCAACGAUUUCUUUGAUUUUGUGUUGGUAAGAUUUUGGUGAAAAACGAGUAGGAAAAAGUGUUAACAUACAAAUGAGAAGGGAAUAGACGACAGCUUCGACUUUUUAAGGAUUUGUUUAUUAGCUGAGCCUGGGGCAAAAUGGCUUCACUCUCUUAGUUUCAAGUGUUUAUCUGCAGUGUUUUACGUCCAUUCCCCAUUUAAAAAAUUUAUGUCCUGGUUACUUUCUGGAAUAAAUGAAAAGAUAAAUCAACCUUUUUACAGCUAAUCUUUCAGCCCUUCAGACAAAGUUCCGUUCCUGUUUUUCAAAGCUUCAUAAGCCUGAACAUUGCGUCAGCAAAAUUCAUUUCUUAGUCUUUUGAGAGGCACUGGACUAGAACUUUUUUUAAUAACUCUUUGUUUCGAUAUUCUUAUAGAUAGAUACACCUUUUGAUUCGUUCAUUUUCGUAUACAACGCCACUGCAGAGCAUAGACUCGUGACUGAGCAGAGAAACAGAACAAAACGAUUUAAAAAUUCUUCACUUGACGAUUAUGUCUUCCAUUGCGAUAGCUGUGUUCAAAGUCACUAUUGGUUUGCUAGUAAAUAAAGGCAGAGAUAAGGCAGCGGAGAAGCUUAAAGAUGGCGACGUAACAGAUCAACAAUUUCGUAGAUUGAUCGUCCGUGAAAUCGACGAUAUGAAGUCCAAGUUGGAUAGAUUAUCAAGGAAAGACUUGCUGGCGAGUAUCAGCUUCUUUGAGGAAGGAAUCGGGUUUCUGUACAAAGUUUUUCAAGAGGCAAGGAUCACAAGCGGAAACGGCGCGGCAACAACACAAACAGUUUGUGAUGAAGCAUUUUCUCUCGCCAAAAAAAUGAAAAAGUUGGAGCUUACUGACCUGGAUGAAGCAGCUAGGAGGGCUCUUUCUAACGCAAAGAAGAGAUUCGAAGAUUCUCGUAGAAAAGCAACAGAAGCCUUUAGUAAUGAAGGUCUAGAAACGUCUGACCGUAUUCUAGCGAUGCAGUAUCGAGUUAUGGCCACAAUACUAGAGACAGUAGACAAUCCCGAGGACGCAAUAGAACCCUGUAGAGUGUGCCUUAAAGAUCUUAAUUCCCUGUCAGCAGUUCAGAAUAGUUUUAAUGUUCAGCUCAGGAAAGGCAUUCUAGCAUUAAAGGGUUUGGUUGGUAAAGAUGAACGCAGGAAUAUCAUUUCCAGUGUCUGUCACGUGAAUCGUGUUAUCUACGAUGUCACGCAAACUGUCGGGAAAGACGUUCACCUCUGGAUCUGGCCCGCUGUUGAUAUCGGAGAAGACAAAGUGGAUCCAUUGCGUGACAGACGAGUAGCUAAAGUUCUGUGUAAACAGGGUAUGGAAAACUGUUUAGUUACACCAUGGUCAUUUGGUCAGGAGGGGGAAGAGGAGCACAAGCUGAAGAACCCCCGUGGAAUCGCUACAAACUCCAGCGGACAAUUCAUUGUUGGAGAGUAUGAAAAUGACGUAAAGAUAUUUGACCCUAGUGGUCAGUUCAUAAAACAUUUCAGCGUCCCUAAUGAUGACGCUGAAACAAAGUUAUAUAUUUAUGAUGUAGCCACAGACAACCAGGACAACAUCUACGUACUGGUCAGAUACGAGAAGAAGACUGGAUCUAAGGGAUUUGUUGUUUAUGAAUUUAGCAACACCGCUGACCUGCAUCACAAGUUUCCUGUGAGGGGAAAGUUCUGGGACAGACUGACAGUCACCAACAGUCAAGUACUGGUACUGAGCGGCUCUGGUAUGGUUGUGUACGAUACUGAUGGAGUGUUUGUUCGUUCUUUUGGAGAAGGAACAUUGAAGGAUGCGAGUGAUAUCACUGCUGCUAAUGAUGGCCGUGUUAUGGUAGUGGACAAUUAUGAUUCCUGUGUUCACAUAUUCAGUGAAGACGGCGUCCAUUUGAACAAGUUUAAACUCCAAGGACGUUAUUGGUAUCCACGAAUUGCAUUUCACCGGGGGGGUGAACAUGUCGUCAUCGCUGGUAAGGAAGGAAAGCUAUUCGACCCUGGUCUCCUGCAUGUGGAAAUAUUCACCAAAGAUGGCGACUUUGUGGGCAGCACUCAAAUCCGUGAAGGAAUUCGCUCCAUUAGAGGAAUGACAGUGACCAUGGAUGGACGAAUUACUGUACUUCUGAAAGAUCUCGAUGACAAACACGAGCGAUAUCGCACGCCCCCACCAUCCUCACCUCAGAACGAAUCCCGUAACAACACGAGACAUCGUUUUCUUCCAAGACGCUCAACAUCUCCCCCACGACUCGCCAGAUAUGUCCAGGAUUGAACGCUAAUGAGAUUCAAAUUCCUUA